AUGUUCAUCUCGCAUGACAGAAAGAAGAAGAACAAAGGAAGAAAAGAUGCAUUUGCCAAAGAACUUCUUGAAAGCAGUAGGGUAGAACGAGAUAGAGACCAAGUCAUAAAGCGUGAUAUCACACCCACCCCUGUCAACGCCCCUCAACCGCAACCCCCGACAACCUCUACCACUCAUCACGCGUAA